GCUUAGAUUGGCGUUCGAGGUGUCAGUAAAGGAAGGAAGGGGUCAUGGAUGAGAGGACAACAGACGUGUCCUCGUUACAACAUAAAUUUAUAUCAUGUUAAUAGUAAGGUUGGACGUCAGCAUACAAAGGCGUCACUGGCAGCCGCUAUCGGCUCAUUUAUGAGGCCAUGAUGUGAAUGAUGUGGCCACACCACCGGGUUCUAAGUCCCCCUCUCUUCUCGAACGGUGGUAUGGGUUCUUUUACGUCCCAUAAGAACAGAUAAGUGUAAGUGCUACGAUGUUUGGCCCUUAUCCGAGAAGACUAGAAAGCCUAACUGUUUGCAGAUGUUAUUACAAAGGCAGCACUUUCUUCUACCCUGAGCGUUGGCCCGGUCGUGGUUUGAACUCGCGACCUCCCGCUCAGAAGACCGGCGCUCUCCCAACUGAGCUAACCAUGUCUUAAACAAGUUGUAAUGUUAAGAAAGCCUCAGUUUUGAUCUGUUGGCUUAAUUGAUUUAUUUUCCGGGAGGUUUUCGCUCAACGAUCCCUCCCUCCUUUCGAAUCACGCGAAAUGCUGUUGCGCGCUUCAGUUUACCGGCUUCUCUUACGCAACACCAAAAAGGUUAAUUAGAUUAGUUUAAGUACUUUAAGCUAGUUCCGCCAAAAUGAAAAUGUAGCGGCACAAUGUUGCCCAGAUGUGGUGAGGUGAUGUUGAUAGUCAAGUAUAAACAUCCCCUAUAAAAAAGCCAGGGUAACGUCCUUGCAAGAUGUAUAAAGAUUGUUGAGGCCUCUCAAAGCUGUCCUUCACUUUAGCUUAGUUUUGCCAUCAACAUGAAAAUUCUUGACGCUGAUGAAGGUAGAGAAAUAUAGAAAUGCAUCUCUUUACACUUCUUGAUAAGAACGUCAUAGCUAUUAUUAUCGCAUGAAACAUGUAUGGCAUUUGGUAAAUUACAACUUAGGACGUUUCGUGACUUUGCCCAAGGGAUGGUGGUAUACCGCAGCGGACGCCCGCCUACACGUGACAUACAGAAGAAUUUUCUGUCCGUGUGGUCCGUUUGGAUGUCAGUGAAUUUUUCCACAUUUCAUUACCAGGAUUACAGCAACCACUCAGAUUACUAGGAAAUAUUAUCAUCCAAAAAGGGACUUUCCCACGUGCAGUGAGCUCUUGAAAAUUACUGGCGUCCUGAACAACUUUACUUACGGCAAUGUAGUUUAGCCGGUCCUAUACGUUAUGUUGAAAAAAACCGUCUGGAAGGGAGAUGGCUGCUAGCAUAUAUAUAUAUAGAUAUUUUCCGUUUAAUUUUUUUAUUUGUCACUUAGUAGUUCCUUGCUUAUAGUGUGUUUCUCAGACCACGAGUCUUGAUAUUAGAUUUGUGAACAUCAUAUUUCAUAUUUCAUCAUAUUUCUUCGUAUUUUCGUUAUUCUUCACUUGAGACUUGUCCUUUUCUGGUAGCCUGAAAAGCCCCUUAAGCAUGUUUAUUUUCAGAAGUUAGCUGAAGUUAAACUUGGCAAAAGGGUGGCUCAUCAAAUUAUAUCUUGUAUGAGCAAGUUUAUGGAGAAGUGGUUCCACUAGAGAGAAGAUAUAGCACAAGCUACCGUAUUUAUUCGAUUAACCGCCCUGGGCGCUUAUUAAAUUUUUGGACCUUGAGAGUGGGCGCUUAUUCGAGGUGGGCGUUUAUUCGAGGCUGGGCGCUUAUUAAAUUUUCACCAUUCUCAGUCGCAACAAAACAGGGUACCAACAAAAGUGAAGAUGUAGCAAAGUUUAAAAUAUAACUCUUCAGGAGGGUCCUUAAUCUCUUAUGGAUGUCGAGGCGGACUUUUUCUGUUUUAUGGGCGCUAAUUCGAGGUUGGGCGCUUAUUCGAAUAAAUACGGUACUUGCAGCAGUCGCCAGGGCGCGUCAAUGUUUAUAUAACUCAAGAAUCCUAAAUGGAUGUCGACGGACUGUAUCUUACUCUAUUGUCAUACGUAUAUAUAAGUGGCUUCGCAAAAAACUCUUAUGGAGAAACCAGAUUUCAUUCCCGCCACGAAUUAAAGAAUAAACUAUGCAAUAAACAUCCGGAAACAUCGGAUCGACAACAAUUUGUAACAUUGAUUCCGUGAUGCUCGUAAAUCUGCGGAAGUAUUUUUCCAACUACAAUCGUUAAGCUCAAAGUAAUGUGAUAAUUUUUCCUUGUAUACCAGGCGCCAGUCGGGUUUUGUCUACAUAUCAGCAGCGUUCAUGGCGUUAUAUAACUGGAUGUUAUGUAACGGUCGCUUUAGACACACCCAAGUUAGCAAGCAGUAACAGGAAACAAAAACCAAACCUAAGCUAACUUCCCCCCUCGCAAAAAAAAAAGAGAAGAAUUAAAACUAGAAAAAUAGUUCAAAUUGAACGCUUUGUUUGAACCGGCUUUAGUGCAACGUAUCAUUCAUUGAUCAAAACGUUCUAUGCAAGCAGGGAGGUCGCCUUAAGGUUAAGCUCAUAGCAUGGUUCCUCGAAAGACGGUUAAGUUCAACCCAGGGUUAAGCCAAAUUUUAAGGAAAGUUCUCUUGACUAGGGACAUGUAACUGGAGCUUAUUCUAGAUAAGAUUUGUUAAACCAUAACGAUACUCUAAACAAUCAAUAGCAUGGUAAAUAUAAUCGUGGAUUUAUUUUUAAUCCCCGAUGAGCGUCAAUCCAUCUCUGAUUAAGGUGUUUUAGGCACUUUGGUUUUUUGAUUCCUAAUUAACUUGAAUCCCCAAAGAUAAAAGUACGGUAUAUAUUUCGACAGACUUCGGCUCAGGUCCUUAACCGUGUCAAUGAGUAAAUAACAUUUCCGAGGAGGCUUGACCACAUUCCCGUGUGCGCUACCGACUGCAUCAAAGUAUGGGUGGUGUUUUACCGUGUAUUCCCAGGCCUGAUUUGUCUAUCACUUGGUCACUUUUUUAUUUUUUUUGUCUUUUCUAUGCUUUAAAACCUUUGUUUUAAAACAUUUUUCAUACCAAGAAGGUGUUGUUUAUUUCGUCAAAGUGGUUCAGAGAGGAAGUUCCGAAUGUCGUAGCGGAUUCCAACUUAUGUUCGACCGGUUGCGGUUAGGGUGCUCUGCCAAAGUGCUUCAAAAGAACGCAUAACACGCGUGGCCACUUGAUUUCAAACCAGGUGUACUGUAACUGCUAGGAUUAGCAGAGUCGAAAGCAUGCUAUAAUUAACAACAGUUCAGUAUUGAAUGAGGCUAAGUAUGAAGAAUUAUGCAGAUCGAGGAGAAUGUUGCCCAAUGAGGCCAAAACCUACUUCUUGGCAUGGUUUCAGGAUGUAAAUAAAGUAGGUAACAUGCAUCGAGCAAGACUGAUAUUUUGCGUAUUCUUUCAUUUCUUCCGUUCAGUUUUAGUCAGAAGUUCAGCUAUUUCGUCUUCGAAUAUUCGUGAACGCCAUUUUUUGUUUACUCGUGAUUAAACAUCCAGGACUCCGAGCCCGGAAACGAGGUAGAUCAAUAUGAUAUUUGCCUGCAAACGAGGCUGCUUGUGCAAUACAACGUUGAGUCGAAUAAAAUCGGGAGAUUUGAGCUAAUCAGGAACGGCGGAAUAUUUUGAAAGAAUAACAAUGAAAUAUGAAAAAUUUUAACCUGAAAUAAUUUACCCAACUUAAAUUUACUAUGUUUGCCUUUGUCCCGUUUUCUCUAGUUAAAUUCGAAUUAUAUAGAAAAUUUCUUUUACUUAUUCGGACGAACACAAAGAGUCCCUUGAUGCGUCACUGCACUCCGUUUGAAAGUUACUUGCCUUAGCAAACUGGAAAGUUGUGUUUUGUUUCUGUGAGAGUUUCAUGUGAGUGAAUUACUACAAAAUAAAUUCAAUCGCGGGCGGUAGAAUGGACCAAAAAUUAUACAAAUACUGCUGGAACCGCAGGCGAGUGAAGUCUAAUGCCAGUGCGUUUGCUUGCCGGUUCUGAAAAAUGGUAGAAGUCUUGACCAAUACAGGAGCCCAUGACUGGGCCCCUGACCAAUAGCAGUCUCCUUCGAAAAGGUGACAAAAUUUAAGAAACAAGAACAACAACCGGAACAGCAGUGAAAAAGUUAAAAGCGUUCUUAAGCAAACCGAGGUACUACAAAACUAUGUUUUCAACCAUCAAAGUACUAUUUCUGUUUUAAUAAAAUGUACAGUGACGAGGAAGAAAGUCUCAUUUUUGGAGCCUCCCGGUCAGUCAAAAAGAACUUCAGACUGAUCUUGAACAGCGCCCAAAUAUUAAUUUUUCCUCCCGUAUGAGAGCACUGUUGGGAGUCACAAGUCAGUUGGAGAGAUGUCACCAUCCUGACUUUAUUUUGGAACAGGUGUUUUCUCCGAGUUCUGUAUAUAUUAAGUAGUGUGUUAAUGAUGAUCGACUUUUAUAUGUUCUUCAACAAACCUAGAGACGCGGUUUAGCUUGUUGAUACUUAUACUCCGUUUUAUUGUUUGGUGUUUUGUUCCAACAUAAGAAAAAGUAAAUGUUUUGACGAGCUUUAAGGAGACUCGCUUUAAUACGGCGACUUUCUAUUAAUGUUGCUCUACUGUAUUGUUUCCUCUUUGUUCGUGGUUGCUGAGAAUCAGUGUCUUUUCCACUAAUGACAGGCCAUUAUUUUGCCGCCAAAGUUAAACAACAAAAUUUCAAAAAUUUAAAAUUUGCUAAAAUUAUCGAUAAAGGAAGCUAAUUUUAACUCAGUGUGAAUGAAAUAGUAAAGAUAUUGAUAACCUUUUACAGUAUUUCCGUUUUUGUGGUGGCGGCAAGUGGAAAGGGGGAGAGCCUCUGUACUCAAAAUCCGGAAACACCGGACUGAUUGAAUCUUUUCCCUGAUCGAAAGUUAACGUAGCUAUUAACGCUGUUGAUAUAAAGUUAAAAGGUACCUUAGUGUUCGGUGGAGCUUUCACUAUCAUCGAUAGAAUGUUUAUGAUCGCUAUCAUCCUUGUAGGCUUUAAUAAUAAUAAUAAUAAUAAUAAUAAUAAUAAUAAUAAUAUAAAGACACACGCAAGUGGCUUCACAGUACAUAAAACCACACCAUAUGAUACUAUGGAAUUUUUGCCCCAAUGCCGCCACUGUAUGAGUUAAAGAAUAUUACCGGUAGGCCCAUAUAACCCGUUCGUUAAAAGUGGUGCAAUUUUCCGAAUGUUUCGAUUUCUCAAUGCUGCAAACCAUAAUUAAAUUACUUUUUGCUUUCUCUGUACCACUUGAGCAUCCUUAUUGUCGUUGAGACUUUAAAACGGAUUUCCACUAUAUUACGAUGCAUUUAGCUUUCCGUUUUAAAAGUAUUUAAGUAUCUGAGGUAUGCUUCACCCGACUAAACUAGAAUUUGUUCACCGUAAAGGCUAAUACAGAAUUCUAUGUUAGUCUUGUCCACCCACUAGCUGUACUGAUAGGUCGUCGGGACACGUGACAUCGUCUCAAUUUAAUUCAUGCGUUUGCGUAAAUACUCUGAUACGCCCUCUCCACGAAGGUUUCAUCUUCACAUGAACAAUAUCGCCCUUUAGAGAUUGCAGUCUUAAGUAAGGCUUCUCCCUAACAACCAUGGCAAACGUGGUGACUUAAGACGGGUUAAUUUUCAUCAAAUCAGAAGGACUUUACUGGAGAUUUUGACGGGAAAAAAUUAGAUAUUACAAUCAGGGGUUUCAAUAAGCACCGACGACCGACAAAACACGUCGGCUACUUUGCUCAGAGAAGUCGGCUACUUUCCCCCCCUAAAUUGGACGUUGGAAAUAAAGUAUUGAUUUAAAGAAAGAUUCUGUCAAAACUUAUAUCAAAAUUCAAUUUCCUUGACCUAGACAGACUUUUUGCUUCAGAAUUAAAAUAUUUAAGAAAAGUUUGGAACUUACUGUGCAUUACUUGUCCAAAUUGAUCGAAAACACAUUAUCUUUUGUAAUCAAUUUAGUGCCAAGAACGCUGGAAAUCGCAUUUUAGGGCAUUGAAAUUUCGAAAUUUUCAAAGGAAGCACACCCCCAGACCCCUUUUGAAGAAGGGGAGUAAAAGCCUCUUUUUGAUGCAGUCGGUUACUUUUUUCAAACCUGCUGGCUACUUCAAUUUUCAGCAUCGAAACCCCUGGUACAUUUAGUGCUGCAAUUGAUCAAAGACAACGGUUUUUCAGUUCAAAUCCCAUACCAUCUCUUUCUUGGACUUUUGCCAGUGAGUAAGCCCUUCUUUCUUCUUCCUAGGAUGUUGGAAGGUCCUCUCUCGCCCUCCUCUCUAUGAGACACGGUUAUAUAUACGGGCCUAUUUUGCAGCCUAAUUAUAGCUGGAAACCCGACCCAUUCGGAAGAUGACAGUCAACUAUUUCUUUCGAAAACUUUCUUUUUAUAGACUCCUCCAUAAAAUGGACCCCAAGAGGUGGUCUCUUUCGCUUUUCAUUCAUUUUCAUUUCACUCUCAAAUACAGACGCUCGUUCCCGGUCCAUACGGCAGUAUCCGUCUUAGAGAUAGUCAGGCAGUGACUGUACUUUCUAACCGUAUAGACCAGUAUUGACUGGUAUACGGAAAGGAUGUCAAGAGAUAUCAUCUGUUUCCCAGAUUUAAGAGGACUUAAUUAGAACUUUUACCAUUUUGUUAUAAAUGUUUUCGUAUCUCCUCGAGGACGCUCAUAAGAGUAUCGAAAAUGCUAAAUAACUAUCAAAGAAGGGGGUGAAUAGGCGAACGGAUCGGCGAAUUUUGAAAAUAUUUUUGCCCGGAUUACGGAUUCAAAGCGAUAUUUUAACGGAUUUCCGGAUCCUGCAAUUGCAGCGGAUUGCAGUUUCAUCUAUUUUUUGGGCGCGGAUUUUGGACUUUACGUGUAAUUGAUAUAUUUUUGCCCGGAUUUCGGACUCUUGGCGAAAAUGGAAGGGCGGAUUUGGUUAAUAAAUCAUAACGGAUCGGCAGAUUUGUAUACCCCUAUUCACCCCCCUCAUCAAACAUACACACUCCUGUCACUGUGUCAUGCGUUGUACAGCUGUUGUGAAUAUUCGGUGCAUUUUACUAGGAAGUAUACUACGUUUAACGUAACAUUGGUACUAUUUGCCAAGCGAAUUAUUCUCUCCUUUAAACGUAUUUUAUAUUAUUAAAAACUGAAUCAUUCGAUAAUGCAGUUCUAGAGCUCUGAUUGGCUUAGCCUCGAGCCCGAAUGGGCUCUGAGUCAAUAGCUCAUGAGGCCGAAAGGAAUAAUUGUUUUAUUAAAAUCCAACUACAAUAAAACCUCUAUUAAGCGGACACCUUCGGGACCUUCCCAAGUGUCCGCUUGAUAGAGGGCGUUCGCUUAAUAGAACUUUGUACAAAUUGCGCAAUUUUUGUUAACGGUUAACAUUCAACGGUUACUCUGUGUUGUGAUAAAGUUUUGUGUUGUUAAGGAAGCUUAGAAAGCUGUGCUGUACUUUGUGCGAUACUUUUAGGUGAACUUUGAUCGCGGAUAUGCGGAUGACAAUCAUACGGCCGGAUGUCGAGAGCUAAAUGUAUUGAUUUAUCUUUAUAACAGACUACAGUACGUAUUUCAAGGACGUAAUCCAAAACUACUAUUGUCGAUUCAGUCCGGUGUCCGCUUGAUAGAGGUUUUAAACAAUAGAAAUUAACCAAAUACAAUUUAUUUUAGUGUCCGCGUCCGCUUAAUAGAGGUGUCCGCUAAACAGGGCUUCGUCAUAAAGGGAAAUAUAAGACGUUAAUUUCGCCGAGCCGGCUUAGUGUCUGCUUAAUUGGGGGUCCGCUUAAUAGAGGUUUCACUGGCUUUCUUAUUUCACCGAAAUAUCGAGACAAAACAACUUUAGCUAGCAAAACGCGAUUCAGCCGCCAUUGUUUUGGUUUUCAAAGCCUUGCUUUUCGCUAUUAGUGGGCUAUACCUUAUAGCCUAGUAGUAGCUCAACCAAUCAGAACGCAGCAUUGACAACAGACCAUUAGUUGGAUUUUCUAAGACACAUUAUACCCGAAAAUCGAAUAAAGUCGGGAAGAAUUCUCGAUAUUUUGUGGGCGUUUUUAUUGAACGCGCCUCGUUGACUAUCUACCAUCUCAUAUCCAACGCGCACUCUUGGAAUAAUUGUUAAAUAGCCAAACCAACUGUGAAGUCGAACUCGACAGACGGACUCUCAAGAAAAAAAAUUAAGUCGGCUGUCACUAAUACAGGAGAUUUUGACGUUUACCUUGGAUUUACUGACCUUGCCGCGCGUAUCUAUCAAUGCAUCGUGUUAACCCACUUACUAACAUACCACAUCUAAUUACCUAAUGUAUCAAAAGGUGCUAAAACAGGAGAUUGUAACCUCUACCUUGGAUAUACGUUCUGCCAAGGUCUGAACAUGCAGGAAAACCCAAUUAAUGCCAUACUUUAACGCUUAUGAAUAAAUCUAUUUAACCUGGCUAUUUAUAAAUCCUGGUAUUUGUUAGUCUGGUUCUUUUUGGCAAGCUCAAACAUCGGUGGUUUACCCGGAUUGACUUUUUACUAUUAGUUGACCGCUUUUUCACAUGAAUAUGCGAGAUUUGUCGAAAUUGGAAACUAUAAGACCACAUAUGGUAUAUCAUUUGUAAAGGAACAACUGCCCAUUGUCCCUUCUGAAGGCUUUCUUAUUAACCAAUCGAAAUUGAAGAAUUUGUCUGGGGUUCGAAGAGGACUACAUGAAAAAGAUAUUACAAAGGUGUCCUUAUGAACACGAAAGGUAUUCUCAAAGAGAGUUAGCAAACAAAUGUGGCACCCUUUUUGUACAAAGAAGUAAGGCUCGAAAUAUUUUUGCUUCACGAACUCACAUUCAACGAGAACCUCAAAAUUCACUUGGCGACUUACAAAAAGAGUCGGCAAAGCUAGAGACAGUUAAGGAAACGAUAAUAGAGAGCAGAAUGUCAGGGGAGAGAUGAGGAAAAAGUUUUAAUACAAAUAGGAAAUAAGGGCAUUAUAGCCCCCGUUAUUAACAAAGGGUGACUAUCACACGGGUAUUUAUUCCCGAUGAUGCCUGCGCCCAACAAAUGCUCGUCCUCUCUUCGUCUUAAUCUUGUUAACCCGUUCUGGCCGACUUUGAUUUUCGGCGAGCUAUUAUGAAAAUGUUUUAUUACACUAUUAACAUGAGAGGUUCACUUUGAUUAAAAUUGCACGGCUCUUCUUCUGCAUUUGGUUUCCACUUUCUUGUUUUAUUCCCAAGUUUUCCUUUUUUAUGAAGUUUCCUUUUUUUCUGUCCGAAAAAAAAAACGCGUAGUCCCUGCGUGAAACGGUGACUCAAAGAACCAUAUUCUUUGGCGUGCCACAUCAUGCUUAUCUUUUUGUUUGUUUUGUCGGUUUAUUUUUUUUUUCCGUCAGAAUGUUUUGCCGAUUUGAAAGUUUGCCAAUUUCUUUUUGAAAAAAUUGCCACAUUUAAUUUCAUACUACGUGCACACUAACGAAUGACCAUGUAUAACUCAUAAAUGUUCAUUUGAACUACAUUUGUGCCUUUAUCUUGAGUCUGUGCGAAUGUUCGUAGUUCUGAAAUCACUGUAAAAUGUAUAGUAUGGGCGGUUAGUAAAGAUUCCACCUCGUACGAUACUCAGUGACGUUCAAAAGUACAGCAUUCUCAUAAACUUUAUUACAUUGGGGUGAAGCCGUCUUUAAUAAAAUGGGGAGAGAAAAGAAGUUAUCUACAAAGUUAUUGUGGAAUUUAUUUAUUUAUUUUAUUGUUUUGUCAGGCUACCUCAUGUGUUGCGGAUAACUUAAAACUUCACGGAAAUAAACCAUACAAUAAGCCAAGUAACCGGAAAUCGUGACCGAUCUUCUGAUGACAGCACUAAAGAAGCUGUAAAGGAGAAACACCCACGAAGAAUGGAAAAUUCUGCUCUGAAAAUCAGUUAUUUCAGCCGCCACAAGCAGGAACGAAAACAAAGCAUGGUCUAAAGCAGAGUAAUUGGUCUACAAAAUGACCCCUUUCAUGAUCUUAAGCUGCCAUACUUACGGUUGGAAUUCGGAAUUUUCCGGCUACGUGUUUACAUCAGGAAACUGGCCACCCUAUCGAUGACGAUCUCUUUAAGGCGCGGAAAGGUUAAAGCGGAUGGGUCACACUGAGUUCGCACGCUUCUGCAAGGAACGAACAUAGAGAAUUGAACAAAAUUUGAUAUUAUUUAACCUUGAAUUCUCACGAAGCCGGCAAGUUCAAACAUUUACAUUCGUGACUUGCGGGUAGUAUACGUGCUCAAACAUUUUCGUCCUGAAAGGUUUCUUUAAUUGGUAAACACUAGUCAUGGGAAAUUGGGACCGUGAGAAAACGAAGGACAGAUCACUUUCGUUAACAGAUUCUCAUUGUGUGGGUUUGUCAUUGCGUAGAAACUGCCUUUGGUAGAGAUAAAGGUAGAGAUGAAUCUCUCUGCUUUUGAACAAACGUUUCCGGUCGACGACUGAGAGAGGUUUAUUGCAUGAGGUGCCCGUAGGUAAAAUAUAGGAGAGAACGAUCAAGACAUUUUUAAAAUCAAUAAUUGCUGAUCAAUGAAGGUUGCUGCUUGCUCUUGUGUAAUGUCACUUGGAAUGUUAAUACAGCAACAUGUUGAACGAGAAUGAAGACGGGCUCUGUUGCGUUUAACAAGUUACAACAUGUUUUAACCAACAACAUCGCUCGGCGUUUGUUGAUCGACAAAUGUUUAAGAACGCUCAGCCAACUGUGCGUAGUUGGCAUUAAAGCGUUGCAAGUUGAAUUGUAGAACAGCAAUAAGUAAUCUAGCCUGGGAGCAAGCUCUCUGUAGAAUUCUAGGACAGGUGAGAUUAAAAUUUUUUCUGUCCCCCUACGCCCAGAGGGCUUGCUUGCAGUCAAUACGUAAUUGAAAGCAGUAGUAUGGAAUUAAAACAAAAUGUCAUAAGACAUCCGCUAGGCCCUUAACUCCGUGUGUUUGUUUUUCUUGCGGUUUCAUCUAACUUCUUUAUUAUCUUUAUAUUACUUACCAC